UCCCUACAGUCAGCAACUGCACUAAAAUCAAAAUGUUUAAAAUUGUGAUGAUCUGUGCAGUUAUCGGCCUGGCCGCCGCCUUGCCAAUUGCCUCUAACCCUGACGAUGUAAAGGCCGAAGUUGUUUCCCGCAAGGAUGAUGUUCGCCCGGAUGGCUUCGACUCUGCCCUUGACACAACCAACCACAUCACACGCGCAGAGAGCGGUGAUGAGCACGGAAACAUCCACGGCAGCUUUGCCUGGAUCUCGCCCGAGGGGGAAAAAAUCGAAAUCUCUUAUGUUGCUGAUGAGAACGGAUACCAGCCACAGGGUGCAUCUCUGCCCGUGCCACCCCCAAUCCCAGCUGAGAUCCAGCGCAGUCUUGAAUGGAUUGCUGCUCACCCAUCAAAGCUUGAGAAAUAGGCUCUGAACAUGUUGACUCGAUCAAAUGGACCACUCCCGAGCAUUAAGCUCUCAGUAAUGGCACCUGAGCGGAAAUAAGCUCUGAGUCAGUUGAAUGGAUCUUCUAAUGGACUUCUCUCAAUAACUUUACCCUAUAAAAUUUCG